AUGCUUCGUCUGAGGAGUGGCGGCGUCCUCUGGGUUCUUGCACUAAUCUUUCUAGCACUCCUGUGCUCUGAGGCAGUCUACACCCACCCGUGGGAUAACGGUGUCGCGGAAGUCCCGUCGGAGCUGUUGCAGAACUACUUGACCCUCCAUGCCAACGUGACUGUACUCUUUUACGUGACCUGGUGCCCGUGGAGCCGCAAGAUGCUACCCGUCUUUGCGGAACUCAAAGAAUUCGUGCAAUCCAAUGUACCACAAACUGACUUCGUUCAAGUCCGCAUGGACAGAGCGUCCGUCACCACACAGGACGCCUUCAACAUUACCUCAUAUCCCAAGAUCAUGCACUUCACCGAAAGAAAUAGACACACCACCUACGGCAACUCCAUCCAGUUCAUCCCUUUGUUGCGGUGGGCGUAUGAGGCAUUGGGGAAGCCGAUCGUGGUGGACGAGUUGGGUGAGUUGAAGAUGUUGGCUCGGGCUUCGGGCGACGACUCAUUGGCAGUGUUUGUCAAUGCGCACCCUCCCCGAGCACUGAGUAAUGAGCCACACGUGUUGGCGGUGGAGACGGCGGACCGUGCAGUGAUUGAGUUUUUAUCACAGCGCUCGGGCUUCAAAGGCGCAAUAGGGAGCAACCCGUUCUUGGCCUUGGUACAUCCGUUCGGGAAUACGGAGCUGUUGGAAUCUGGGUCUGAAAGUGAGGGGGUGGUGUCCAAGGUGGGUCGGCCAGUACGGAACAGUCGUGGCGUCUUGAUGUCUAUUAUUGAGGAUGACGAGGGUGAAGGUAUCGAGCACAUUCCCUAUGGUCCGGGACAUGUGGACCAGUCGUUGCGUGUCCUUAGUGCGCCCAAACUGACUGACGCGGAAUUGGUCGACUUUGUCCGCACCUUCCAGUUCCCCGUCAUUACCAAGUGGUCCACGGACUCGGUCGGGCGUAUUCUCGAGGUUGGGCGUCCUAUGCUCAUUGCCGUUGUGCCGAGCAACGACGUGACCGCAGACAUCUACAAGGAAAUGGAACGGCUCAUGAACGACGCCGACAAUGAAGACAUCGCCGCCGCAUCCACGCUCUACGACAUGGACCACAUCGAAAACGUCUUGUGGGAAGUAGCUCAACGAAACAGACGCAAGAUCGUCACCGUAUUCAGCGGGACACGCUCUCUGGCGGAACGACGACUGAUGAACCUACUCGGACUGAAUACCAGCGAUCCCGAACCGGUUCUGGCCUACCUCACGCUCAACCCCAGUGGCUCAGGCGUCUAUACCCCCGCUCUCAAGUACGUGGCGCCACCAAAAAUCGCUUCCCAGCUUUUCCGACUGCAAAAGGAAAGAACCACCUCCGGUCGAGAAGGGCGCCACCAAGGUCUAGGGCGGGCGCUGGACAUCACCUCUCGAAAGGACCUCAUCGGCUCCAUUCAGUCCUGGCUGGACCAGGCUUGGGAGAAGAAGAUUCCCCCCACCAUCCGUUCCGAGGAACCGAUACCAGCCCAACAGAACAAAGGACCCGUCUACCACCUGACCGCCAUGGAAUUCCAAAAGGAGGUCGUUGAACGCGAAGAAAACGACUACAUCGUCGAUUUUUACGCACCCUGGUGCGGUCACUGCCGAGUCAUGGCUCCCGUUUUCGAAGAAGCCGCCCAGGCCUUCAGACAGGCCGGCUACCGAAAUCUUAAAUUCGGCAAAUUGGACGCCACCGCCAAUGAAGUCCUCGGCAUUCCCAUUGUCGGCUAUCCCACAGUCGUGCUCUGGCCCUCGCAUGACAAGCGGCACCCCGCCUUCAUGAGAAGCACUCCCGGCAAUGCCCAACAAAUCAUUGAAUUCAUUGCAUCAAGGUCUAACGGAAGGAUAGACGGUGAGUCGGUUGUCAAGCAGCUGAGUAGGCUGCAAGCCCCUGACCUGCCGCCCAUUGAUGAGGAGCUUUAG